CAGGGUGACAUGCAGUGAGUGCAGCUUCAUCGCCCUGAAGUUGCUAAACUCCCUCACAUGGAGACGGCAGCUUUUCUAAGAUGACUUUUUCUGAGUUCACUAACCAGAGCCUCAGUGGAAACUAUUCGAAUGACACGGGCAACGCGUCGGCGCUGAACUCCAGCCUUGUCCCGCAUUAUGGCCAGAACAGGUCGAGCGAGCCUGAGGAGCGAGAUGCCAACCCAGCCGUGGCUGUGGGUGUUGUCCUGGGCGCCUUCAUCCUCUUCGCCAUCGUGGGAAACAUCAUGGUCAUCCUGUCCGUGGCUUGUAACCGGCAUUUACAAACGGUGACCAACUACUUCAUCAUCAACCUGGCCAUCGCCGACCUCCUGUUGAGUACUAUCAUUCUGCCCUUCUCAGCCAGCCUGGAGGUGUUCGGCUACUGGGCGUUUGGGAGAAUUUUCUGUGAUGUCUGGGCUGCCGUGGAUGUGCUGUGCUGCACCGCCUCAAUAAUGAGCCUCUGCGUUAUAUCUAUAGAUCGAUACAUUGGCGUGCGCUACUCUUUACGCUACCCGACCAUCAUGACUGAGAGGAAGGCGGUGUGGAUCCUGAUAAUCCUCUGGGUGUCCUCCAUUGUCAUCUCUGUUGGUCCUCUGCUGGGCUGGAAGGAGGCAGCUCCUGAAGAUGAGACAGUUUGCAGCAUCACCGAAGAACCGGGCUACGCCUUGUUCUCCUCGCUCUUCUCCUUCUACCUCCCUCUCAUGGUCAUACUGGUCAUGUAUUUCAGGAUCUACAUAGUGGCCAGGAGGACAACCAAGAGCCUGGAGGCUGGGGUGAAGAAGGAGCGGAGCAAGACCAUGGAAGUUGUCCUCAGGAUCCACUGUAAGAGCGUGAUGGAGGAGUCCACCUUCAAGAGCAAAGGGCAGUUCCGCAGCUCCCUCUCCAUGAGGCUCCUCAAGUUCUCCCGGGAGAAGAAAGCGGCGAAAACUCUGGGCAUCGUGGUGGGCGUCUUCAUUCUCUGCUGGCUUCCCUUUUUCACCAUCUUACCGCUUGGUGCUUUCUUUCCUGCUAUCAAGCCAUCUGACGUGGUUUUCAAGGUGAUCUUCUGGCUGGGUUACUUCAACAGCUGCAUAAAUCCAAUAAUCUACCCCUGCUCCAGCAAAGAGUUCAAGCGGGCCUUCACCAGGCUGCUCAAGUGCCAGUGCCGGAGGAGACGGCGACCAGCCUGGCGGGUGUAUGAUCAUCGUGAUUGGAGGGCCUCCAACCACAGCUCGGAACGUGGCUCCGAGGGCGACGUGCUGAGCAGGUCUGUUGUGAGCCAUCGGACAUUGUCGGUAAACAGCUCCUUCGCCCUGAGCCACAGGCACCGAGGGAGCACCAGCAGCAGCGGCGAAGGCGUCAGCGGAGGGGGCAGUGCCAAUCGGGCACUCAGCCUUCAUGGCUGGAGACUCUUCCCAUCUUUGUCCAAAUCGCCUUUCCAGCUCAGAGAGAAAAUGAACAACCUCUCCAACAAAAUCAGGAUGGGACAGCACAGGCCCUGCACAUCUACUGUCAGCAAGGUAGACAAUGUCCCAGUAGAGUCCAUCUCCAUUGGAGUAUGCCAGGAGUUCAAAGAGCACACUGCUUAUCAAAUAUAUGAGGUUACUGACUGUUUUGGACUGAAAGAAACGGAUAUUUAA